AUGACGUUCUGCGGCUCUCUGAGGUUCAGCUCAGUCAGACACCAGCGGCUUUAGAGGAGAGAGAUGGUUCUCUCUCAGGGAUUCAACAUUAAAUGUAAACAUAAAAACACAGUGAAGAUGUUUCUGGCCUUCGGGGUUCUCCUCCUGACGCACAACCUGGAGGCGGUGACUCAUUCACUGCAAUACUUCUACACGGCUUCAUCUGGAGUCAACAACUUUCCAGAGUUUGUGGCUGUGGGUCUGGUAGACGGACAGCAGAUUACCUAUUAUGACAGCAACGUUAAAAGAGAGGUUCCCAAGCAGGACUGGAUGGAGAAGAAUUUAGGUGCUGAUUACUGGGAGAGAAACACCCAGAUCUCCAUUGGUAGUGAGCAGACCUUCAAAGUUAACGUCCAGAUUCUCAAGCAGCGCUUCAACCAGACUGGAGGUGUUCACAUUGUCCAGUACAUGGUCGGCUGUGAGUGGGACGAUGAGACUGGAGAGGUUAAAGGUUAUGAACAGUAUGGUUAUGAUGGAGAAGAUUUCAUAGUCCUGGACCUGAAGUCAGAGUCAUGGAUCGCUCCAACACCACAGGCUGUCAUCACCAAAAACAAGUGGGACCAUGACAAAGGUCUCAUGGCUGGAGAAAAGAACUACCUGAACCAGGAGUGUCCGGAGUGGCUGAAGAAGUACGUGAAAAAUGGAAGGAGCUCUCUGAUGAGGACAGUUCUCCCCUCAGUCUGCCUCCUCCGGAAGUCUCCCUCCUCUCCAGUCUCCUGCCACGCUACAGGUUUCCACCCAGACAGAGCUGAGAUGUUCUGGAGGAAAGAUGGAGAGGAGAUCCAUGAGGGUGUGGAUAAAGGAGAGAUCCUCCCCAACAACGAUGGAACCUUCCAGAUGAGCGUUGAUCUUUCACCUGUUCCUGCUGAAGACCUGGAGAAGUAUGAGUGUGUGUUUCAGCUCUCUGGAGUGAAGGAUGACCUCGUUACCAGACUGGAGGAACCAAAGAUCAGAACCAAUGAAGGAAAUUACACGACAUACAUCAUCAUCAUUGCUGCUGCUCUGGUGGUUCUUAUCGCCGUCAUCGCUGUGAUCGGCUUCAUUAUCUACAAGAGGAAGAGCGCCAAGCGUCCUCCAUCUCCCGUAGAGAAGACAGAGGUGGAGGAGGAGAAGAUGCUUCCUACAGUCUUAGCGACAUGAUGAGGAGGAUGGAGAUGCUUCGGUUUAUGGAUGGAAGGUUUGCACUGAAAUGAGGAAAAACGUCACACCUUCAAACACUGGAUCACAGAUUUGGCAACAGCUGGAAAUGUUUCAUUCUUAUCAGCUUGAAAUUAAAGGUGUCAUUAAAAUUAAAAAGACAAACAUGACUGGUAUGACUAAAUUAACUAGUCGAUUUGAUUUUUCUCUGGUAAAAUAUUUAAAUGUAGAAACAUAAAAUGUUUUUUUAAAGAACCAAAAGACAAAAUUAUCAUAAUUUGUUUCAGUCAGAAUAAUAAUUUAAUCAUUUUUAACAAAUCCAAACUAUACAGAUUGUUUUCCUGGUGUUGGGUUUUUCUAAUCUGUACAUUUGUGGCUGAUAAAUAUUGAUAAUUUAUGAGAUGUUGCAAACACACACACACACACACACACACACACACACACACACACACACACACACACACACACACACACACACACACACACACACACACACACUGUAGAUGUUUUCCUCUGGAUCUGACAAAGUAACAUGAAUAAAGUUUUUAUAUUUCUAAUUAAAGCCACAGUAAAGGUUCAUCUUUGUUGAUUAGAAGCUGGCCAGUUAGCUCUAAAAAUGUUGGGCAGGAAAUUAUUCUGAUUCAUUUGUUAACCUAAUUUCCAGGGAAUCCUCCGUCACACAAAUCAUACAAUAAUAAUAAAUUAAACCUACAUUAUUCUGAAAGAGCAGUAAAACAGAUGGGGUUACAUUGAAUAUUUAGUUAAUUUCAUAAAACCUGAAAACAAUUUAUUUUAACUGCAUUUUGUUGUGAAUGACUUAUUUUAUGCUUCUUUUAUAUGAUCUUGUUUGUUUUCAUGGGUUUAUUUAAUCUGAUUUAUAAUCUUAGGUUUUGGUUAAGGAUUUUUUGUGGAUUAGAAUUUAUUAUUUAGAAAAUAUGGGAUACGUGGCUUUUUUCUUUAUUAUAGGACAAUAAGAGGUUAGACAGUUAUGCUUUAUUUGACUUCUUGAUUUUUCUCAGACAAUGAAUAUCAACAAGAUGAAUUAGUUUGUGUGUAAUUUUAUUUUUUUGCUCCUAAAUAAAAUCCCUAAAAUCCAA